AUGACCCGUAACUACCGUCAUUCGAAACUAUGUUGCGCAGUUGCUGCCAUCAGUAGCGCCUAUCUUCUAGUGUUAUCCAGUAACCAACUUGUCGGUGUUGAAGCAUCUCAUUACAACAACAACGAGAAGAAAAAUAAAUAUUAUCUUGAUGAUUACUACGACGCCUAUGAUUACGAUAAGGACAAAGACGAUGACAGAAAGCAUCUAAACGAUCAUAUUGCCUACCACUAUUACACAGUACCUGUAGAAACACCUACGUCAGUUGAAGUCCCUCCUUCAGUUGAAACUGCUUGGGUGACCACCAACAUCGACGCGACCUAUACGCAGACAAUCACCGUUCCCGGGCGAAACGAAGCUCCUGGUAACGAUACGGAACAACGGCUCAACAAAGCCCUGGAUCAGUGCACAUGGGAUGGGUCCGAUAAUAUUACGCGGACGAUUCGAUACUUUAACGUCAUCGUAUUCGGUGACUACAACGCACAAAAUGCGCAAGAAAUCUGGGGUCCUCUAGGCGUUGACGGCAACUUGUUGGGCACCGACUUUGAUUUGAACACCCAUUACCCCAGUAGCGUUUGCUCUGAUCUGGAUACCAACCCACUCCGCAAUUAUGGUCUUGUUGUGCAUGGCGCAGUAGACAUUACCAACGACGCUUUAGUACACGGUGCAGGUUUUCUGGAUGGCGGCGGCACGACAGAUCACGUUAGUGUAGUCGAACCAGGCUGUCCACUCAAUGAAGGAACCACCGGACAGUUCGAUUUUGGCGCCAUGCACAAUGCAUAUCUUGUGGCAAGCGAAGAAUUAGCAAGCUUUCCGCCAAAUAUGGUGCUUGACCCAUCCGAUCAGCUAACGAUCGACGAAAGCAACUCUGUCGCAGCAGGAACUGAGAAUUACUAUGUUAUGGCGCUCGACACAUGUACUGUCUUUGAUGGCAGCUGUGCAGACUUGUGGCCAGAUCGAAUGUCGUAUCCAGACCGUAUACUUUUGGGCAGUGGGAACUGGAACGGUCUCGCUAACGGAAGAGUGUUUCCGACGGACAAAACUAUCGUCCUCAAUAUCCCUGUGGAUAACGGUGCUACCAUUUACGUCAGAACACGCCGUCCACAUGCGGGCGGAUUCAACGCUUGCCGUACCAUCUUUAACUUUUAUCCUGUGGAUAGCGAUGGCAAUUAUGAACCAAAUGGCUCAUUUACACUCCAUCGAGAGAACGAUGGCGAACUGCAGGGAAUGAUCCUUGCUCCACUUGGUCAUAUCGAAGACGCCCCCACAGGAACAUUUGCUGGACAAGUGAUUGGACUAGACUACUACUGGCAAGAUGGAAACAGCGGUCUUAUCAGAGACUUUAGCGCAACAGGAUGUGAUAUUAAUUACACCGGAUGCCUGCCGCUUGUUCCAAACGAAGAAGUGAUUGAAAUUUGCAAUAGACCAAGUAAUCAAGUUAAAAUAACCCCUAUCAUUGCCCUCAGCACUACAACAUUAGUGACAUCAACGAUCGACACAGCAACAACAACCGAAACAACAACCGAAACUGAAGUAGGCACGACCACAACUACAGCAGCAACAACGGAGACGCAAACGGAGACAUCGAUCACAACGACUACAGAAACGCAAGGAUCGAUUGGAACCAUCACAGUGCUCACAAACACAGAUACGACAACAACCACCAACCUUGUUGUAUCCACGGAAACGGGUGUGACUACAACGACUGAAACUGUGGGUAAUGAAGGAGGAGUGACAACAAUCACUGAAACGAGUGAGCAUACUACGACAACGACACAGACAAUUCCAGGCGAAGAACCAUCCGUAGACGAUAGAGAUUUCACUCGAACAACGGUGACCACCGUGCAGACCGCAACAGUAUCUAUACCACUCACCACCAUCCAUGAUCUUUCCACGGUGACGACAACCGAACAGCAUACCGUUACAGAGAACGGCGGUAGAGAGACUGUGUACAUACCCAUCAAAGUGCCAGUGUGGGAAGAUGACUACGACAAAAAUGACCAUGGCGGAGGCAGUCAUCAUUACGGCAAAGAAAAAGAUCGUCAUUGGCACAAGAGUGGCUGGAAAAAGCACAGUGACAAGGGCGGCGAGAAGAAAUGGUCUCACAAGAAGGACUAUGAUUAA